CUCUGACCGGAGAGGCCGUGCGGCUGUUUGCGCGUUUGCAGUCAUUCUGUGUUUCCUCGAUCUCCCUCUCGCCGGCCCGUGAACCAAAGGGCCCGAGUGCGUGUGUCAAGUCGCCUCUCUGCCGAGCCCGGGCAGACACGGAGCAGGCGCGCGGAAAAUUGGGGCGAAAGGGAAUUUCAAAUUCGGGUCAUUCAUUCAUUUGGGGUUUAUUAUAAACACGAAAAUAGCUGUUGUUGACUAUUGAAACUUCACCUGGAUGAGCACGCGCGUCCACGAGCGCGCGCGCGCGCGUGCGCGAGGAGGGUGAGUGUCACGGCCCUCUGCAGACGGGGGGUUGGGAGCAGUGCCGAUUGGUUGCUGCUCACCAACACAGUCAGUCGGGGCUUGUUUUAACAUUAACCGGGGGCACUUCGACAGCAGGCAAAAGAAACCAUGUAGUAAAUAAGCCGCUGUGGCUGCUAGGGGACCGCUUGUGCCACUCUGAACCUCGCCGCAGUUUUUCGGGGCUUUGCAGCGUGCUGGAGAUCCGCCUGCCGUCUCGUAUUUCUAGUGACAGCUUUCCAGAGGGCCGCCGCAGAUGAGGCGAUGAAGUGCAGAGAAUGAGAGCGGUGCCUUGGCCUGCUAGUGCCGCCGCUGCGGGGAUUGUGCAGAUCCGCUUUCACAAACCGAGAAAAACCCCCGCGCUGUGCCCCACCAUCAGACCUCCGCCGCCGGGUUCACGCGGACCGACCUCCAAAUGGAUAUAGCCAUGACAACAUGAAUCAGUCGUACAGACAGGCUGUUAGGGGCUCAGUGUUUGGUUCAGGCCAGCCAGAGCUGAGGCCCCGCAAUGGCCUUGUGAGCACUUCCUAUGCAAACCAGUGUGGCAUUGUGAAGCGUGUGUCAGACCAACCGUCAGCUGUGCAACUGCCAUCCUCCAGUCUCAAACAGCCGGCUGUACUGGGGUACAAUCAGCCCGACCGAACUAACCGCUACGGUCCGCUGAGGAGGCUGCAGGACCUGAACACUGUGGUCAACAGGCCGGGCCUAGAGAGGGACCACCGUCCACGGAACCACUUGCACUGUGCAAGCCCAAUCAGCGAUGAUGAUGAUGAUGAUGAUGAUGAGUUUGAGGCACCAGCAGUCCAGCUGCCUCCUUCUCCAGGCAAUGAUGAUUCAGAGCCUUUUGAGACACUGCAGGAGGUGAACAGAAAUGGCUUCUCUCCGCAGAGUCCUGACAGCGUGCAGGGCUGUUCGCCCAUCCCAAAUGGCUACCUGCAUUUUGAGUCCACGCUCUUUGACAGCGGUGACCUUAAGGAGAAGCACGAGGAGGGGGGGCACAGAGGUAGCGAGGACCUGGCGCCUUUUCACCGCUCUCAAAAGUUGAGUCGGGACCGAACUGUUGCUGCCGGUGAGGCGCCAUCUGGCACCAGGAUGGACAGAAGAGCAUACAAACCUACUGUUUUUAAUCUGAUGUCCAAAACUAUAUCUGAGCUCAACCCUACACUAAGCCCCAGCGCACUGCCAGAAAUCACUAUGAGAGAUGGGUGGAGUUUGGGCGAGGAGUCGGACAGCGAUGGUGAACUUGCUUCUCCUGACCCUGGACUUAUUUCACCAGCAGGCACCAACUCUAAUUCCAACAGCCCAAAGAAAAAGACUCUUCCGACAGUAAAAUACUUGGAAGGAGACUUGGUGUGGGCAAAGUUCAACAGACGGCCCUGGUGGCCAUGCCAACUAACAUGCGAUCCAGACCAGGGGACCCACACUAAGAUGAAAGUUCCCAGUCACCGUCCUUGUCGGAUGUAUUUCCUGGAGACAGUUGGAGAGACUGUAGAAUGUGCCUGGGUCCCAGGGAAUGCCAUUGUUCCCUUUGAAGGCGGCCAUCAGUUUGCAGACUUGCCUGUGCUUCGACGGAGAGGGAAGCAGAAGGAGAAAGACUAUAAGUAUACGAUACCCAAAAGUUUACUGACUGCGUGGAAAGUCAGUGUGACAGAAGCUGAGCUUCUGCUUCCUGGUCGACAAAGGAAUACUGAAAGUGUGCUUUCAGUAUCCUUUACUGGAGAGGAGCGUGUACCCAGCCCACUACCUACUGAAAAGCAACAGGAGGCCCCCUCUCCCUCUGUGGACCUUGGCCAAACCCCAUCACCAAAAAUGCCCCCAAAUGAAAAUGAGCACCAUCUUCUAAAAAACUCUACUGUUCAGUCCAAUAAGGGCAAAGUUUGUAAGAAGAAAAAGAAAUGUCUGUCAGACAUAUUUGGGCAUAUAGUUGGGGGAUCCAAAGAAUCGUCUGUUGUCACAAACGUGACCAACCCGUUUCAUACGACAACUCGUGCACUGAAAGAAGAGCCAAAGGACUCCCCUUAUGCCGACCUGGAUUCAGUUCCAAUGCUGCAUCGUCCUAAGCGCACAGCAGUGUCUCCAACACAGGACGUCGACGAACUGGUCAGAAAAGAACAUGGUCCAACGAAAGCUAAAACAAAGUUCACCGAAAAAGUGAACCAGUGUACAGAUUCCCAUGAUAGCAUUUCAACAAAUACAUUGGCGUCUAAAGAUACAAAUUCUGAACAAAGUUUGGGAAGCUGUAAUGAACGGUUGUACAGUUCAAAUGAAAAGCACUCUAUGACUCUUCCUGCCAGCAGUGGUCUCAUGACGAGGGCUCUGAGAGCGGAGGAAGAGACAGAUCUCAAAGAUGCACUGGCUACAAGCCAAAUCUCAACAGAUGCCCACAAUGACAAUUGUCCUAGUAAUAAAUGUACUAAUGCACCCAUCAAAACUGAAAUGUCUCCUAUCUGGGAAUACCCCAUCAAUGCAUCAUCCUCUGCUGAUCACAGCUCUCCAAAAAGGCGCGCAAGGAAGCCUGAUAAGAAACUAAUUCGCAACGGCUCAUUGAUGAAGUCAAAGUGUGCAGACUCUACUGCCCCCGCUGUGCAACCUGUUGAGAUCAAGACAGAAAAUGCCGUCUUGGAUCUGUCUUCUUCUUCUGUGCCCUCAUUGUCCCCAAUGGAGGCGUUUCAGGAUGUCAAAGAACUAAUGUUUAAAUCUCUUGAGAAGGAGGAGAGCAGUGACUCUGAGCUCACGGCCUUUCGGCCUCGUGCCAGUUGUAAAUUCAGUACCUUCCUGAUGCUGCUGAAAGACAUGCACGACACGAGAGAGAAAGAAGGCAAACCCCUGACUGUCCCGCCAGCAUCUGUCCUCAUCAAGGAGGAGCCCUUGGUCAUCCCCGCUGCUACAGGAGGCGACCUGCUGCAGGGGAUCAAAACGGAGAACGGCCCAUUAGGUAAAUCCAGAACACCCCACAACACAGCGGUGAAAACCAAGAAUAGGACUAAAGCUAUCAUGGCAGCUGACACAUACCACUGUGAAGACUUGACUGUUCGCUCUCAGAUCGGGAGCUCAGACAAGCAGCGGAGAAAACAAAGACUACCUGCCAAAUUGAAAUCCAGCAUACCCGGCCUUUCUUCAGACCUGGCUGACUUGGCCUAUGGCAGGGAGUUCGUUAGCGGCCACGCCGACUUAGCUGUUCCCGGAUCUCGUCCUCCGGUCGCUCCUGAUCCCUCGACCGGCUACCUCGACAAGAACUCCGAGUCCACACUGGCUCCAAAGAAACGCUGGAAGUUGGUGAAGGAGGCUUUUGACAAUAAGGGAGAGGUUUUGAGCGAGGUGUCUGAGAUGAAUGGCUCUUACGCCACAAGCGCAUCACCAGAUCUCGAUCUCGACCUUGAGAAGCAGGAAGAGAACGACUCGAGCGACACAGCCGGACAUUCAGAGAACAAACGUCUCCGAAAACCGACUAAAAGGCUUCUGGAGUCAACCGAGGAGUACGAACAAAUAUUCUCUCUGAAAAAGAAAUCAAAGAAAAACACCUUAGAAUCCUCCAAAACUCAGACGUCGGGGAUGACCCCGCCAGGAUUUUUUCCUUCAGCCCCGUCCUCUGUCGAGUCCACUGAGGCUCCUGUAGAGCCUGAACCCAUGAGUCCAACUCAGGAAGAGCUCCCUCCUCUUCCAUCCCCGGUCUCUCCACCACCAACACAACCCGAUCUCCACACAGAGACGACAGAAGAAACUGAUCUACCUCCCGAAUCUGACACUGGGGUAUUAAUCCAAGAAAGAAAGAGGCCAAGGAAGCUGUCACACAAGGUUCUUGAAUGUACCAUAGAAGAAGUGUCUGUUGCUCCUACAAAAAAGAAGGAGCAAAAGCUACCCGCCGGAGUUACCUCAGAGCUGAAGGUGUUAGUCAAGAAAACUCAGGUUGAAUCUGUGAAGAAGGAGAAGCCUGAACCCAACACAUCUUCUGCCCCUGCUGAAGCCUCUCGGCCCUCGGAGAGCAAAGGUGUCCUCGCUCCAAACCGACCGCCCAGCCCCCGAGCAUCCAAGACCCCAAAGCCGGAGACGGAGAUGGAGGCCAGCAACACAGAGGAGAAACAAAAUGAACACACUGGGACACUUACUCACAUACCCGAGGUUUCAUCUGUUGGUUUGAACGACAGCCACUCUCCCCACUUGGAUGUUAAAGCGAAAAUAGGAGCGUCAUCCUUAAAGGAAAACGUGUGUCAGGUAUGUGAGAGGACAGGAGACCUGCUGAUGUGUGACGGCCACUGUUAUGGAGCCUAUCAUCCGCAAUGUAUUGGCCUGUCAGUGGCUCCCAGGGGAAAAUUCCUUUGUCAUGAAUGCAAAACCGGUGUCCACACAUGCUUUGUGUGUAAGAAGUCUGGUAAUGGGGUAAAGCGCUGCAUUAUACCACUGUGUGGGAAGUUCUACCAUACCGACUGUAUAUUGGCCUACUCUGCAACCCAGCCACAUAACAAAGGCUUCCGCUGCACUCUGCAUGUUUGUCUGUCCUGCCACAUCACCAACCCUCUCAAUGUCUGCAGCUCCAAGGGUCGUCUGGCUCGAUGUGUGCGCUGCCCAGUGGCUUAUCAUGCCAAUGACAACUGCAUGGCAGCAGGCAGCUUGGUGCUGGCAAACAACAGUUUCCUCUGUCCAAACCACUUCACUCCCCGCAAGGGCUGCAAGAACCACGAACACAUCAACGUCAGCUGGUGCUUCGUCUGCUCCGAAGGGGGCAGUCUGCUGUGCUGUGAAGCCUGUCCUGCUGCCUUCCAUAGGGAAUGUUUGAACAUAGAGAUGCCCCAGGGCAACUGGUUCUGCAAUGACUGCAAAUCUGGAAAGAGGCCCCGUAUUAAGGACAUACUAUGGGUCAAAUGGGGACGUUACAGGUGGUGGCCUGCAGAAGUCUGUCUGGCCAAAGACGUUCCAAAUAACAUCUUGAGGAUGAAACAUGAAGUGGGCGAGUUCCCAGUGCAAUUCUUUGGGUCCAAAGAUUUUGUGUGGACAUACCAGGCCAGAGUCUUCCCUUACAUGGAGGGUGACACUCACAACAUUGAGAAAAUGGGGAAGGGUGCAGAUGCAGUGUACAAAAAGGCCCUGACUGAAGCAGCAGAGAGGUUCAGAGAGCUCCAGAUAGAAAAGGAAAUGAGACAGCUUCAGGAGGACAGAAAGAAUGACAAGAAACCUCCUCCAUACAGGCACAUUAAGGUGAACCGGCCAAUUGGAAAGGUGCAGAUCAUCACAGCUGACCUCUCUGAGAUCCCACGUUGCAACUGUAAGGCCUCCGAUGAGAACCCCUGCGGCAUCGACUCGGAGUGCAUUAACCGCAUGCUGAUGUACGAGUGCCACCCUCAGGUGUGUGUGGCGGGGGAGCGAUGUCAAAACCAGACCUUCACAAAGCGCCAGUACACAACUGUGGAGAUUUUCAGGACACUCUCCCGUGGCUGGGGUUUACGUGGUGUGUCAGACAUCAAGAAGGGAGCCUUUGUGAGUGAAUAUGUUGGAGAGGUGAUCGAUGAAGAAGAAUGUCGAGCCAGGAUCAGACACGCCCAGGAGAAUGACAUCUGUAACUUCUACAUGCUUACACUGGAUAAGGACCGGAUCAUUGAUGCUGGGCCCAAAGGGAACCAGGCUCGCUUCAUGAACCACUGUUGCCAACCAAACUGCGAAACCCAGAAGUGGACUGUGAACGGGGACACCAGGGUGGGGCUGUUUGCCCUACAAGACAUCCCAAAAGGUGUGGAGCUGACUUUCAACUACAACCUGGAGUGUCUUGGCAAUGGUAAAACUGCCUGUAAAUGUGGAGCACCUAACUGCAGCGGUUUCCUUGGUGUCCGGCCAAAGAACCAGCCGCCAGCAGAGAAACUGAAGGAAGGAAAGCGAAGGGUCUCCAUGAAAAAGAAGACCAAGCAAGUAGUGACCAAGGAAAGGGAAGAUGAGUGCUUCAGCUGUGGUGACGGAGGACAGAUAGUUUCCUGUAAGAAGCCAGGCUGCCCGAAGGUCUAUCACGCCGACUGUCUCAACUUGGCCAAGAGGCCUGCAGGGCGCUGGGAGUGUCCAUGGCACCAGUGUGACAUCUGUGGAAAAGAGGCAGCUUCAUUCUGUGAGAUGUGUCCCAGCUCUUACUGUAAGGAGCACCGUGAAGGCAUGCUCUUCAUUUCCAAGCUAGAUGGCAAGUUGUCCUGCAGUGAACAUGACCCCUGUGGGCCCGACCCUCUGGAGCCAGGGGAGAUUCGUGAAUAUGUGCCCAACACGACCUCUAUGAGGCCCGGGGCCAUGGCUGUGCCCGGCACUCCCUCGCUGGUCCCAGACUCCAGAAGAGAUGGUUCUGCUUCCCCCGUCUCCUCCCCUGCUGGCCAGGCCGUGCUGGGCAGACUGGAGCCUCCUCCUCGUCUCUACAUCAACACAAAGACUGCCACCUCGAGCUUCAUCCCCUCCAACAGGUCUUACCUCACAGACAGGACCGACGGUAAAGUGUUUUCCUCUCCUACCUCCUCCAAGGAGGAGAGAGAGGAUGGUGAGGUGGAGGAAGGGGAGGUGUGUGGGCUAGAGGUGGAUGAGGUGGAAGAUGAUGAUGAUGAUGAUGAUGACGACGACGACGACGACGACGAUGAUGAUGAAGAUGAAGAUGAAGAAGAAGCAGAAGAGGAUGAGGAUGAAAUGGAGGAGAUGGAGAUAGUGGAAGAUGAGGAGGAGGAGCAGGAGCAGGAGCCGCUGUAUGGAAGUGACCUGCUGGAAGAAGACGAGGAGGAGGACAAUGAUGACGAAGGAGGAGACGUGUAUGACACUUGGGGGGAUUAUGUGGAUGAAGAUGAUGGAGAAGUGGAGGGGGAGGACUUGGAGGAGUGGGGGACUGUGGAGGACGAUGUUAAAUGACUCAGUCCACCCAUUCCUUCAUAACUACUCAACAAAAACUCUCAAUAGACAUUGAAAGGACAAAACUAGUUUGAUAUUUUCGUACCUACUUGAACGCAACACUGCCUUCACUUUGGUACUACAUUGCCUUCUCAUCCACUGCUGGACUGACAGUGGGGAUGUGUACUGGUGCUAAGGCUCGAGGACUGAUACGGUCCGUCUCUUUAUACUUCUGUUGAUAUGUUUAUUUGUGUCUGGUGCUGUUAUGAUCAUUUGUUCUUUCUCUCAAUAUUGUUUACAUUUUUUGGCCUUUUUUAAAUGUUCGAAAUGUAAGAAAAAGGUGAGAAGUUCCACCUGACCAAACUGUCACCAUAAGGGCAUCUUAUGUUGUUACUGUAACCUAUGUACGAGUGAUAAAAAAAAAAUAGUCCUCUUGAGUCCUCACUGGUUCAUGUUACGAUUAGACACAAUACAUGUUUGCUGUGUCUGAGGAAUACAAAAAUAAACCCACUGGAGUCAACAAGACUAAAAUGAUUGUUGUCAAGACAAUUGAUUCACAGUUCAAUGAAUUCCUCCUUUUUUUUCUCUUAAUACAGGUAAGGUCAGAGCUCAGGAUCGGACACGAAAGAAAUAAAAUUAUGCCACAACAUGUCAAAACCUAGAUAUGCAUCACUAACAUUGGUUUCACAACCAUCACUGCUGUUCCAUUAUCUUAAUUAGAAUAAAAUCAAAGUACUUAUUCA